AUGAAAAAUUUGAAAACCGAGAAAAAAGGCUUCUUGAGCAACAUUUUCAGCAUAAAAUUUCUCGUCCUUUGCUUCGUCGCUUUCUAUGUCAAUAAAUCUGUUACGUUAUUCGGCUAUCGCCACAAUCCAGAUACAUUGAAGAUCAAGCAUUUCGACGAUCAUAAUUGCAAGAAAUUGUUGUUUGACGUUGGCGCCGAAGAUAUUGCUACUUCAAGUGAUGGGUUGGCUUUUAUAACUUCUGGACUGAGAUACCCGCCUUUUGUGAAUUCAGAAGGAGGUGGAAAGAUUUAUUCGAUGGAUUUGACUAAGAAAUCGCCAGAACUAACUGAGCUCAGCCUCAGUGGCCCUCACCUUAAUCCUCACGGACUUGAUAUCCUUGAGAUAAAGGGUCAAAUAUUUCUAUACAUCGUCAACCAUGGAGAAAACAUGAGCCGCGAGACAGUUGAAAAGUACAGACUUGCCGAAAACAAACGGGAGCUGAUUUGGAUGAAGACCUUCGCAGACGACAAAGUUUUCCGAAAUAUCAAUGAUCUCAAUGUCAUCGGGGAGGAUGAAUUCUACAUCUCCAACAACUUUCAUUCUAAACAAACCACCCCCUGGCUGAGAAAACUUGAGGUGACCUCACACAUGUUACUUGGCUCGAUUGCUUACUGUAAUGGAAGCAACUGUGAGCUGAAAACAUAUCCGACUUUGGCAUUCCCGAACGGAGUUCAAAAGCGAGGAAAUGAGCUGUUUGUUGCUCUCAGUUUGGCGAACUACAUGUCGGUCUACCAAAUCGAUCCGAUCAACAAAGAUUUGACUUUCAAACGAAAUGUCGCCCUGGAAGUUGUUCAUGACAAUAUUUGGAUGAACAAAGCUGGCGACAUGUUCAUUGGCGGAGGAACGAACAUGGGAGAUCAUCUUUUCAAUGGAAAGCCGAUUGGUUCCGAGAUUUACAAAAUUCCAGCUGGGUCUUAUGAAGCCGAGCAGAUCUACUUCGACAACGGAGACGAGUUCCGACAAUGUUCGAUCGCGGUUGAAUGGGAGCAACAUAUUCUGAUGGGCUCUCCUGGAGCUGAUUUCAUGAUUUGCACACGAAAAUAA